UUGUUUUCGCAAUUGUGGGGCGCCUUUUAUCGUUCUUGCUAACAACCCGUGCGGACGCGUCGUCGCCGUCGUCGUCGUUGUCAAUUCGUCCUCGUCUGAUUUCGCGAGAAAAAACAAGUAAAAGCAAAGAAGUGCAUCAUCAUUAUUGUCGUCUUCACAUAGGGAACGUUUUUUUGGUUGGUGUGUUGCGGGCAGCAGCAGCAGCAGCAACGCGAUAACAUUCCACUACAUAGUGCCGCUUGUGUGUGUGUGGCUGUGUGCGCGAAGGAGUGGAAAGCCCCAAAACCCUUGCACAUAUGUUUGUGUGUGUGUGUAUCAUCGCCUUCAGUACAUGUGUGAUUAUUUUUCUCUCUCUGUGUGCGUAAAACGGUGAUGAUAGUAAACGAACUGUAACCGAUAAAAGUGUGUCUCCCUGCCCUGAUGUGCUUGUGGCUGUAGCCGUGCUGGGGCCGGAAUAAGAAUUAAAAAACCCUAAAGUGAUCCGUGACCAAGAAGAAGAAGAAGCAAACGUGCUAGGUUUGUGAAGGGAGGGUUUUGAGACUCCCGGGGCCUAUCGCCCAAUCGAAGUAAGCUGGUUUGGUGGUGCCUGCCUAGGCGAACCCUGCCCAAAGGCACGUCAAAGUGCUACAGUGUGUGAAAUUAAAGCAACACCUGAAAAAAGUGCGUAAAAUGUGCGUCGUGGUACGAGGGAAUCGGCCGGCGAUACUGUAAAGCCCCCUCAUCCUCCCCCCACUCCUACGUGCCGCGGGAAGCACCAAUGUGGCACCACCACACCGUGACAGCGCCACCCACCGCAACAACAACAACAACGACAACAGCUGAUCGACGCAAACGACGGAUGCCCUUUUGCCGCUUGGUGGUGGUGGUGGUGGUAGUAGUGUUGGUGGUGGAUGCGCUUUCCACCGGUGGUGCGGUUCUGCUUACGGACGACGGGAACCGGCGGCGCUGAAUUCCCAACCCACAAGCCCACAGAGCAGAGCAGAGGGGUAGGGCUAGAUACUCUAGUUGCAGCGCGGCAAUGACCGAAUCGUUCCCGUCGGCACUCGGCGGGCUCGGUAUGGCCGCCAUCAAGCAGCACCAGCAACAGCAGCAACAGCAGCAGCAGCAGCAACAACCGCCCCAGCAGCAACCGCACCACCAUCAUCAUCCGCACCACCACCAGCAGCAGCAGCCGGGCGCGAUGUCGAUCGAGAAGCUGGUGCGCGUGGGCUACUACGAGCUGGAGAAGACGAUCGGCAAGGGCAACUUUGCGGUGGUGAAGCUCGCGUCCAAUGUCAUCACAAACUCUAAGGUUGCAAUUAAAAUAAUCGAUAAAACAUGCCUGGACGAGGAGAACCUGGCGAAGACGUUCCGCGAAAUAUCGAUACUGAAGGUGUUGCAUCAUCCGCACAUAACGCGCCUGUACGAGGUGAUGGAGUCGCGCAACAAGAUCUACCUGGUGACGGAGCACGCGGCGCAGGGCGAAAUCUUCGACCACCUCGUGGCGAACGGGCGCAUGCGGGAGGAGGAGGCGGCCCGCAUCUUUUCGCAGAUCGUGGCGGCCGUCGACUACUGCCACCGGAAGGGCAUCGUGCACCGGGACCUGAAGGCGGAGAACGUGCUGCUCGACACGGACAUGAACGUGAAGCUGGCCGACUUUGGCUUCAGCAACACGUUCGUCGAGGGACAGCCGCUGCGCACGUGGUGCGGUUCGCCGCCGUACGCUGCGCCCGAAGUGUUCCAGGGUGUGGAGUACGAUGGGCCAAAGUCGGACAUCUGGAGCUUGGGCGUGGUGCUGUACGUGCUAGUUUGUGGAGCGCUGCCGUUCGACGGCACGACACUGCACGAUCUGCGCAGCGUGGUGGUGGCGGGCAAGUUCCGCAUCCCGUUCUUUAUGUCGCAGGAGUGCGAGCAGCUGAUCCGGCACAUGCUGGUGGUGGAGCCGGAGCGGCGCUACACGCUGAAGCAGAUCGCGCACCAUCGAUGGUUGGCGCAGUACAACUCGAUCCCGAUGCUGGAGGCGGGUGACUACGGGCUCGGCAGUGCGGGUGGACCGGUGGUGCGCGAGACGGAGAACCUGGACACGGUCGUGAUGACGCACAUGCUGCAGCUGCCGGGGCUGACGGCGGACAUGAUUGCGCAGUCGGUGCACGAGAGCCGGUUCGACCAUAUCUACGCGAUCUACAACCUGCUGGUGGACAAGCUGCGGCAGAAGCGGAAGGAGAAGGGGCGGCUGCAGCACCACGCCAGCCUGGCGUACUCGCGCUCCCGCAAGACCAGUAUUACGACCGGCGUGGUCGACCGGACCGAGGUGAUCAAGAACGAUUCGCUCGAACGGUUGAGCCCGCUGACGAGCGUCGGCUCGACCAUACUGAACAUAUCAUCCGGGCUGGCGGGGUCGGAGGAGCUGGAGAAGUACGAUCAGGACACGGCGACCACACCGACCGGCGGUGCACCGGCGAGACAGUCGGACGUUGGGACGGCUCUUGGUAGCGAUCAGCAGCAGCACCAGCAGCAGCAGCAUCCGCAGCAUCAACAGCAGCAGCAGUAUCAGCAUCAUCUUUUCCCACCGCCAAGCUGCCACGGGGCAAAUGGGGCGGGCGGUGGUGGUGGUAAUACACGGCGGCACACGGUCGGACCGGGCGAUGUGGCGCACGAGCAGGUACUGGUCAACCCGAACGUGGUGCCGAUCAGCUUCAAGAUUGGGCCGCACGAACCGCCGGUCCCGCCGACACCGAACGUGCCGAUCAACAUUCCUUCGCUGCAAAACCAACCGAUCCACAAUCUGACCAUCAAGGAUCAGCAUCUGCUCAAGCCGCCGACUGUGAUGGGUGCAACGAGCUCCUUUGGCCGCCGGGCAUCGGAUGGUGGGGCGAAUCUGCAAAUUUACUACCCUUCGUCGUCUACCAACUUCCACGAUCAACAUCAUACACACCAGCAGCAGCAGCAGCAGCCGCAGUCACAGCAGUCUCAACAGACGCAGCAACAGCAGCAAGGAGAUGGAUCGUUGCUGGGUGCGAGUGGGCCGACUUCCGCCCUUGGACCGAUUACCGGCGCGGUAAACAAUUCCACGCUCAUGAUGGACCACGUGAUGAUGCUGCAGACGCCCAACAGCGAGGGCACGGAUGAUUCGAAUGAUGAAAUUCAGAGAUACAUGCAUGGACGCGGUUGCACCAAACGGCAUACCGUCGGCUGUACGGAUGAUCUGUCGGCCGGGAACGCGUCACCGAUGGAACCACCGCAGGCACACUCGCCGGCCCCGUCGGCGGGCGGCACAAGCGGUACCGGAGCGGGCGGUGGAGGCCGCACUCGGCGUACCGGUCUACUGACCGUGAUGGAACGUCCGCCCGUGAUAAGCCCGGACCUGAUACGGGAGGUGGAGGCACGCAUGAACCGCGACUAUUUGCCACCCUCGCUGCUGCCGCCCGUCUGCUCGCAGGCAUCAUCGGCAAUGGCCAAGCACCACGGUCCACUGGACGCCAUGGGAGGACCGCACGGAACCCAAUCGCACCCGCCCCCGAUGGUCUGUCCGCCAGCCGUGCCAACGCCACCACCGGCUCACCAGCAGCCCCUGCAGCAGCAGCAACAGCAGCAGCAGCAGCAGCAGCAGCAGGCGGUGAUAGUGGUACAGUCGCAGCUCUGUAACCGACGCUACGCCACCCGCACAUGUAAGCUCCCGACGGUACAGGAAAUCGGCCGUUACAGCCCGGUGCGCCGCGCGUCCGAGGGCUCCCGCAUCACGUCCCAGUUCCAGGGCCCGUUCCAGGAGUGCCAGCAGCUGCAGAAGGGCCUGCACGCGGCCGCAAUAGCGGCGUCGCAGCAGCAGCGCAGCAACAAUCUGCUGAUAACGCCGAGCCCGCCGCUCGCGGACAACUCCGUCAGCCUGCCCGGCUCCCCGAUGCACUGUAAAGCGUUCGUGGACGAGCGGAGCAGUGCCACCACUGGAACGCUGCCCGACAUUACCGUGCCGCACGACGUGCUGCUGUCGCUGGUGCCCGGGCUGGAGAAGCUGGUGCAGGAGAACCGGCUGCAGAUCGACACGGCCAACAGCAUCCUGCACACGCGCACCAUGCCGUACGAGGUGGGCCACCAGCUGGGGCUGGUGCGGGGUGGUGGUAGCCCCGCAGGAGCAGGAGGUGGUGGGACGCUGCUGCUGGAUGCCGGCAUGAAUCUGUUGCAGCUGCAGCACAGCCAAAGUGUAUCGCCGCUGAAUGCAACGCUAAGGCAUCAUGGUGGUGGUGGCGCUGGUGUAGGGGCCGGUUAUGGUGGUGCAGGAGGACGGCCCACCGGCUUCCCGAUGCUGGGUGGCGGCAUGCAACCGAGCUACAUUGCGGGCGGCGGCGCGUUUGGCAAUCCGUACGCGUUCCAAAACCUGAUGGCGGCACCGGGCGGCACAAUGUCGACGGUGAACGCUUCCAGCACGGGAAUGUGCCAUCUGUCGGGGCUGGAGUACCCGGGCAGCAACAGCAACAGCGGCUGUCCUUCUCCCGUGUACUACGCGAGCGGUUGCUCCUCGCCCAUCCUGCCCGGUCCGCCGGCCUCGAUCGUGAGCGGCUGCAGCGGGAACAUGAGCGGCAGUGGGAGUGGUGGUGGGACUGGUUCGGCAAGCGCUGGUGGUGGUGGUGCUGCCUCCCCAAUGCAUCAAAUUACGCGCGGCAUCAGCACGUUGAAUACGGGUGGCGGUGGUGGCAGUGCCACCGGCAGCACCACAAUGGCGGGCGGUUCGAUUACGCGCGGCACCUCGUCCGCGGUGACGGCCGCCUUCCCGCCCUCGGUGGCCUGCAACGAGCCGCUCGAUCUCAGCAUGGACAUCGUGAACAGCGUGGAGAUCGAUUUUUCCGGCCGCAUAGUGGGGGGCUGCUACUCGGGCGCCACCACGCCGGUCAACUACUUCGAUCCGAAGAACUAUGGGCUGUUGCCGCCACCGCCGCCGCAAACGAUGCGCAUCUGUGCGACGCCGCCCACCUCGCCCAACAAUCUGUGCAUCAUCCAGGAGGAGCACCUGACGGCGGCCGGGACGACCGCCGCCGGAGGUGGGGCAAGCACUGCGUUCAAGAGCCACUCGGCGAGCGGGUCGCCGGAGGAUCUUAGCUUCCAGCACACGCACCCACAGAUCUGCCUGACGGACGUGCAGGGCAGCGAGAUCACGCUCGUCGCCCUGUCCGACUCGAGCCACGGCGAUAGCGACGAUUCGCUCAACUGCCCGACCGGGGGCAGCAGCGCCACGACGAGCGGGCUCGGAUUUUCCGGGCUGCUCAUUACCGAGCCGGCGAGCGACAUGCCGUCGAUAACGCGGGGCGUCGGGCGGAAGGCAAGCCUCGACACGGAGAACAACUCGACGGCGACGGCGAGCAGCAACUCGGCGAAGCUGGACACGUCCGACAUUAGCGAGUCGUACGUGCGGCGGGGCAGCGAUAAGUCGCUCGGGUUCAGCGACGACAGCCUGAGCAACGAUUCGAACCAUUCGAACCUGUCGCCGAGUCAGGAACCGUCGGCUGCCAGCUCGGGCUUCAAGAGUGCCGACUCGUACUCGGAGCAGGACGGUGGCCGGCUCAGCCCGGACUCGCUCGGCGAGGGGGGCGCGCGCAGCUCGGACGAAUGCUACGAGCUGCCGCUGCCGCAGGAAUGCUCCUCGCUGGACUCGGUGCGCAUACUGGAGAUGGUGAAGCGGACGCUCGACUCGACGAUGCCGCCCAAGGGUUGCGUUUACGGUGUGACGGGCAGUGGCGGAGGUCAUGGCAGCAAAUCGGCGAGUGGGAUGGAUUCGAAUCCGCUGGGCGAUGGUGGUAGCAGAUCGACUGCUGCUGGCGGAGAGGAUCGAUCGAGCCAUGGUGCCCUCGGCGGUGCGGAUGGAGGGGCGACUGGGUCGGCUCGCGGUGGCAACGGGGCCAAUUCCGAGGCACGGUCCAACCUGAGUCUGGAGUUUUCCGGCGGCCUGCAGAUCGAGCUGCAGGUGUACGAGGGCCGCAACAGCAAGGACAGCAAUACGAGCAAGGGCAUCAAGCUGCGGCGGAUCUCGGGCGACCAGUACGAGUACGGGAAGCUCUGCCAGCAGCUCAUUACCUCCCUGACGGUGUAGACUGCUUUUGUCGUUUUUGUUUGGCUCUUUCUUUCUCCAUUUAACAAAAGCAAUCUUUAGCAUAGCCGCCGCUGGCUCACGGGCGACGGGGAGGACACACAUAUUCAACCGUAGGUAGGCAGGGCACCACCACCCCACUUCAAGCACGAACAAGCGUGCGUCAAGCAGACGCAUCAGACAUUGUGCUGUUACUUUUUUUUUAAAUCUCACCGUGUGUGCAUGAUUGUGCGUGUGUGUGUGAACACCGGUUUUAGUUCAAUGAUGAAACAAGACUAAGGGCUAAUAGUAGACUAAUGGCCACAGGGGGUCGUGCCGCGCCAAGCAAGUAGGGGAAGUGAUUUAAAUACGUUAAUUUUUAAUAAGUUUUACAUUUUAUUCGAUUUCAGACCAAUUUUUAACCGUCGACGAGAGGGGUAGGGAGCGUCAGAAGAGGGAAGUAAAUGCCACAGACACACCUGAAGAGCACACAGUAAGCUAGGGUUUUGAAAGAGAGCGAGUUAUGCCUUGAUGAUUUUGCCAAUGAGGGAAUUUCCCCGUGCUCCGCGUGCGCAAUAGCCAAUAGUAGAUAGUUUAUAUCCUUGUUCGUGUAUGUGUAUAGUAUUGUUAAUAUAGUAGAGAGAGAAACGCGAGUACGCAAAAGUCAUGUGUAAGCCGGAACCGAGACAGCAGACGAAUAGAAAGGAUGAGCGAUUAGGGCUUUCCCAGUACACCCGCUCUGUCUCACAGCAAUACUGCAUUACGGGGAGCAAAUGAUUUUGGUUUUUAAAACGGAACGGAACGUUUCUUAACGUCUUUAGGGAUUGUUUUUAAAAGGAUGAUGGGUGUACGCUAGCUACUAGCCGUUGAAGGCAAAGACAUAUGUUGAGGUUUUAGUUGUUACGUUCGUAUGCAAUACACGGUUCUGUUGUAGUGUGCUGCAUAACUUUCGUGAGAUGGAUCGAGCUAUUGUUCAUGCUCAUGGCAUCAGAGGUUCGUCGCCUAAUCAUCAUUCGUAGAAAGACUUAUUUAAUCGAUAGUGAUUCAGCUCAGACAAAACAAAACAAAACUGUUUGUGUUCAAUUGCUGCUAAUCCAAAACGGCAAAAAGAUACGUUCCAAAAGAUGGUGCAAAGUAUCCUACUACUGUGUAAACCUUUCCAACCUUCUGUCGAAAAAGCGGCGGUCAGUCUGACAUGAGUGGAGGGGCACAGGGGGGACGAUCGUGUUUUAGUCAUCAAUCAAAACGAUCUCCGGCAUUCGGUUGGCGCAAGAGCCGCCUCUUGUUUGUGCAAUCGAUAUCUCGUACAGUUAGUUUUGUGUUACACAUAGCCUUGUUUUAGCAGAAGUGCGGGAUAAUGUAGGCGUGCAAUGCUUUCGAAACGUGUCGAUGCUGGGUGGUGUAUGUGUAGAGCCUUAACACGGGGAGAGGGCUGCAGGUGCAGGUGCCCAACACAAGCUGUACAACAAGGGCGGGGAGCAAAAGCAAAAGCAACAAUUAAUUCCUAACAACAUUAACGGAGCAAACAGAAGAAAAAAACAAAACUAUUUGUGAUGAUUUGUGUCCCUUUAAUCACACACACAGAGAGAGAGAGAAACACACACACACACACUGAACCAAUAAUGUGCAAUUUCUAAGCGAAUACAUUCCAAAUGUGUGUAACUGUGUCACCUCGUGUGAGCUGUGUGUUGUGAUGUGCGGUGUGAUGUCAAAAUGCAAGCAUCAAACAACAUUAACGCCCGCCGAGGGGAAAAAAAAGAAUAAUUUAUGUGAAUAAUGCGGGCGCACAUAAAAUGGUGGGCAGAGCAGAGAGACUCUACAGCAAAGCAAACCAACUGAACUGGACAUUCCUGAUGUAAUGAAAAAAAGAAAAGUGAACACACACACACGCGCGAAAGCUAAAGCAAAUGUAAACUAAUGACUGUUCCACGUGGUGUGAAAUAUGAUGUGUGGGGUGAAGAAAGCGAGCCGGUGAUGUGACCCGUCCCCUGUAAAAAGGGUACGAGCCAAUAUCGCGCCAGAUUUAUAUUUAUUGAUUGUCGUCGUAAUGUGUCGGAAUAUGUCCGGCCGGAAAAAAGGGGACCACCGGCCCCGACCACAAAAGCGUGUCGUCACUCACUCUGUUUGCUGUUUUGUAAAACUGGAAAAGGGACGGUUCCCACGAGCCCGCAAGCACAAAUCAACUGAAAGAGGUAAAACACAAAAAUCACUAACUAUUAAAAAAAAAACAAAAACAGUAAAACAAACAAAACUUUAGCAUUAAAUGAAAACCAAUACAAGUAAGUAAGGGAAAAGGAAGCUAAACAAACAAACAAAAGCAAGCAAGCAACCGGUCUGUCUGUAUCUCCUACAGUUUGUAGAGCGUGUAGUAUGUAGCGUAGCUAAAAACAAAUCGUGUACGCAAUGGCAACGCAUCGUAGAAGAAAGGAGCGCAGUGUAGUAGUGUGGUGUUGGCGCAGGCAAAGGCGCAUUGGUGCGCCGUCACAAAGUGCAAAUAGAUGGGAUCAUUGGAGGU